AUGUCGAACACGUUGUAUUAUGUUGAUGAGUAUAAUCGCCCGCCGCCAAAUUACAACAGCUGGUUGUCACCACGACAUGCAGAGCGAUUAAAACGUCUUGGUAAGAAAAAAUUAACAUUCACGCUGAGAUUGGAGAAGCGUCCAAUGGUUAUAGCGCUGCAUAUGUUUGCCGAUGACUUGGAUGGACUGAAGCAUUGGCUAGAUAUGAUCUAUGAAGUGGCAGCUCUAGAUUCAUUUGGCAAGCAAAUAGAAUUUCUUGUGGAUGAUAUUUGGGCAGCAUACGUCUUUGAUCUGUUCAACAAAUACCCUUUUCGGCGAGAUGAUAGUAGCUUUUCUACGCAAUCGCCUCCAUUGAUAUUUGGGGUAAGUGCAGCUGGUGAAGUGCACUUUUUUGGUAGCGCCCAUGGACCGAGCACGCCUAGUCUGGAAAGCCUUCAUGUAUUCUGCACUCAAUUAUUGGCAGAUUCACUAGUCCAACAGUUUAGAUUUGAGGAUAAGCGACGAGUGCCUGAUAUGGAGUUGGCAAACUUCAAUGAUCUUAUCUACGGGGAACAGCAGGCGGACAUUCUUCUUGGGUUUUACAGCUCAUAUAAACUUGGAACGGCUGAAACCGAAAAUUUUCUAGAUAAUCUAGCGCGACUGGCUGCCAGAAUGCAACAGGAACAAGUAAAUAUAUUCAAAAUGAAUAUAGAUACAAACAAGGUCCCCAAAAAGUUUAAUUUCGAAACCACUCCUGCAUUGUUUCUCCUACCACGAUAUGAUAAACAUAAUCCCAUACGCUGCUACCAUACAAGUUUAGGCAUUGGGAAAAUGCUCCUACAUGUUGCAGAGCAUGCCGGGGAAGAACUUAAUUUCUAUGAUCGACGCGCAAUACGCAGGCUGCACGCAGAUUUACUUAAGAAAAUGAAAAACUAUUUCAAUGAAGAAAGCAUGAAGUUAUAUCGUUAUUAUUAUUAA